GCUUCACUUCCGCAGACUGGAAUGUCCCGGUGAACCGUCACGAUAUAACACAAACUGUACUAAAAAAAAACUCUUUCGGAUAUCAUAAUACGAGACGAGUCUGUAUAUGCUGACACUGUAUGAUUAUACGUACAAACAGCUGUCCUAUACUGUUAUUCUUUUUCCUCCUCACACAAUGAAUUUUAUCACGAAUGCUGACUCUGAAGUGUGUGAUGCGUAUAUGUCGUAUCGGUCAUAUGCUUUGCAUGAUUGCGAAACACAACACUUACUUCAUGGGUUCACUCGCAGCGCUCGCAGCCAAAAAAUUCAGUGCGUGUGUACCGAAAAAAAGUUUAGAAUAAUAGCGGUGAAAUACGAAUUGAAAAAAAAUGGAGACUCGACAUCGAUUGUGUAUAUAGCCGUUUUGUUGAACGUGUGAUUGAAAAUUAAUUAAAGUUUAUAUAAUAUACGGAGUUUAGACCUUAGAAUUAUUGAAAUGGAAAAUUUGAUUUAGUUCGAACACUUCGAUUAUAUUAUUAUAAAAAACGAAGACUAAUUCUUAUUUAUAUCCCCGUUAUCAAUCAAUUGAACUAAAAGCUCUAAAACGUCAAUUCUUGAUCGUUUUCUGCAAUUUAAAUCUUAUUGGUAUUCAUUUAUUUUGGGUCUCGUAUAUAUAGCUCGGUCAAACUUGACAAAAGUUUCAAGCCUCUCAAGGUUACGGAAUUCGACAUAGACAUGCAGUGUCGUACAAAACUCGGGCACACUUGGUGAUAGUCUCUCGAGAAAAUAUACCAACUACGAUACGUACGAUACUAUUAUUAUGUUAAUAUAAUAAAUGUUAUAAGAUGUGUUAUUAUUAUACAAUAACACAUCUUGAUUGUAUAAUCGAGUCGAUAAUCCAUUGAAACUGUAUAUAUGAAUAUAUAAAAGAUGCAUAAGUGCGAAAAUUGUUUCUUGCGCCCGCCAUUGUUUUGAUUGUUUGUUCGCAGCGCUCCACCUUGUCGAUCUCAAACGAUGGCUGAUAGGAAGCGCGCAACGCGCGAAGAGGAUGAAAAAAACAUGUCAAUCGAAUCAAAAAACAAAAGGAUACGAACAAGCACUAGUUUGAGAAUUCCCCGAAAAUCAGUGAAUAAUUUAGCAGACUCUGAAACCAAAAAUGUAGGACAUUCCCAAGAAUUUCCGACCCUUCCUGGUGUGUCAAUAAGUAGAGGAAUGGAUUCUUAUGAAGAAAGCGAGUUGGAGGAUGAAUUUAAUGAGAGAAGUUUGGUAAAUAGAGUCAAGGAAAUAAAACAACGGCAACGAAACAAAUCAGAGGUUGGAUCUCAAUCUCGUUUACAAGAUGAACAAAUUUCUAUGGAAGAGUUUUCACAAAGUUUGAGAAGUUUAGACACAGUAUGCAAUACCCAAAAAUCUCUGAAAAGACAGAAUCAGAAUGAGACACGUUUGGGUCUCGUGUCGUUCCAAGAUUUUCAAAAUCGCUUCAAUCCCAAGAAAGAAAAUCCUGCGGAGAAUCGUCAGUCUAUUACUCAUUUGUCUUUCGACGAGGACAAUGAGGAAGACAUGUUCGAGGAUGCCAAAGACGAGCUGGAGGAUGCAGAUAAAAGCGAUCAAGGAAUUUCUUUUCUUGGAUUUUCCAAUGACGAAAGCGAGCUCAGUAAAAAUACUGCUGCGAGGUAUCUCCAAUGGGUGCGGAUAGAAAAAUUCGGAGACUUCGAUUGGCAGGACUUCAGGGGAUUUGCCUCUACUGAAAUAAAAAAAAGUCAAGAAGUAGUGGAAAAUAUGUACUUUUUGCUCGACAAUUGUGAACCUACCAUCAGUUUUGAACAACGAAAGAAUUUGAUUGAAAAAAAGGAUUACGAUCAAACAUAUUUGGUCAGUCCACGAAUCAGAGAACUUAAGGAGCUCGAAGCUCCCAAAUGCAGCAAUAAAAAAGAGUAUCGAAUCAUCCCUCCCAAAAAAAUGGCUGACGUAGUUGAACAAACGGCGAAGGGGAGGAAAAUAAAUACCAAAGAACUUUGUGGUUUUUCUACUGCGAGUGGUCGCAAAAUUUCAGUAUCCGAAACUGCCAUCCUGCAAGCUCAAAGAAUGUACACAGAAAUUGAGCAACUUGAACCUGGAGAAGAAGUGCAAAAUUGUGACAAAAAAUCUUCCGAUGAAACUAAUAUGAUUUCAAAAGCUUUGAGCUCGAAAGAAAAAGAUUUGUUCGACGAGAUGGAAGACGAGUUAAUAGGAAAUUUAAUCGAGCCCGAUCAGCAGAAUCAAAAUGAGUCAGAUGAUAAAUUGAUAGAACCAGAUUGUCGAGAGACCAAGGAAGAGAUAAGAAAUGAUGUGUGUUUUGGUUUCAAAACAGCUCAUGGUAAGGAAUUGAAAAUUUCAAAGGAAGCUUUGUCCAAGGCACAAGCACAGUUCGACGAAAUUCGAGUGGAAAUAGCUGACGAUGUACUUGAAAAAGAAUCGAUUGACAAAGAAAGUACAAAAAUAUGGAAAAGUAAAUUAUUGGUGGAAGGAGCUCGCCGUAAUGAAAUUAAAAAUGAAUCCAAAGACCCCGUGAUCAUAACACCAUCAAAAAUCAACAAAAAGAAAGCAGACGAUGAAAUUGACUGUGGAUUCAAAACGGCUAAAGGGAACCAUAUGACAAUUUCUAAAGAAGCAAUUGCCAAAGCGAAAGCUCAGUUCGACGAGGUCGAUAAGGAAGUAAAUGCGAAUGUGACUCCCAAAAAUUGUAAAAAUAUUGUAGAAAGCGAAAGAAUUCCUGAAGCAAGUGCUCAGUUCGACGAGGCCGAUAGAGAAUCACGAGGAGAUUCAACCCCGAACAAUGUCAGAACCGGCGGUCCAAGAGAAAAAAUGAAUAAACUUGAUGGUGGUUUUUCAACCGCAGGAGGACGUGAAAUAAAAAUCUCAGAAGCAGCUCUCAAAAGAGCAAAAGCCCAAUUUGAAGACGUAGCGAGUGAGUUUAUGCAGAGUUUAUCACAAAUGAAUUCGAAAAUCAAUAAUCCCAAGGUCGGAGUGUCAUCAACUAGUUCAGCGCAAAGUCCCUCGGUCGAAGAGAAUUUAGCAAUAGAAUUAUGUAAUAUUGAGUCUCUCGAAUUCGACGAUUUUGUGAUGGAAGAAAGCGAAGCUUCAAAGAAGCGCAAGUUCGAAGAGAUCGAUGACGACACUCCGAUAAGAAAAGAUCCAUCGUGGAAACGGAAGAAGGGACGAGCCACGAUCGAUCUUCAGGGGAGAAAACUCUUCGACGAAGAACCAGUCGAUGUUUCGAUCGCCGGUGAAGGCGAGUCAGAAAAAGAUCUUAUUUCCAAAGAGAUUGACGCGAGUGCCGCAGCUCUCAUAGAAGACGAGGAACUUUCGAAGGAAAUGCUGAUAACGGAAUCUCGUGUCGCCCCGGGCGCAGAAACUCCAAUGGAAAUCGACGAUUGUUCUCAAAACGUUGAAAAUUCGUGUGGAACAACUCAACCCUCGAGUCGUUUCGAUUCCAUCCUCAUUCCAGCUCCAGGAAUCCCAAAAACGAAUUUGAGUACCGAAGAGGAAGAAAACGUCGUCCCCCACGGAGAAUCUAUCCCGGACGAUCUCAACUUUGCGUCACAAUUCUCCCAGGAUCACAGUCAUGCCCAAGUCAUCAAUAAAUUCAUGAUGGAGAUGAUGAAGAUGAUGGAAGCUCGUUCCACAAUGACCUUGAAACAGAACGAGACCAUUAGAGCCAAAAGAAUGAGCAAACCACGGGCAUGCGACGGUUCUCUCUAUGAAUUGAGAACAUCUAAAAAAGAUUCCAGAUUCACAUGGCGAGAAUUGACAGAAGGUCAAGCACCCGUGCCUCGAGAACAAUCCGGAAGUGCUCUCGAUUCAGAAAUCUUUUCCAUCACUGCCAGUUCAGCCGCUUCCUACAGUUUUUGUUGCGCUGAUUUUUAUGGAGGAAAUAAUGAGAAAGUCGAGGUUGAAGGAAUCAAAGUUGGUGACGGUGCGUUUCUGAUUCUCGAUGAGAGAAACUGUGCUGGUGCCAGAGAAUUCGAAAGAGCUUUUUUCGCCAGUCCAGGAGUCGAUCCCAAAUUGGUGCCCGCAGGCUGGGUGAAAAAUCAUUAUGGCUUGAUCGUUUGGAAGCUGGCAUCGAUGGAUAGAGUUAAAUUUGGUCACAAAUGUUUGCCCAGGAUGUUGACGCCGAAUCGAGUCAUGUUGGAGCUGAAAUAUCGCUAUGACCGUGAGAUUUAUAGGACACAGUGGCCACCGUUGAGAAGAAUUUUGGAAAAAAGCGAAGACGCCACAGGUCGAUUGGUUCUAUGCGUAGCAAGCGUAAAUCUUGAGGACAAUAAAACUCCUCUGAAAGGACCAACGAAUUCGUCACCGAGUAAUCUUGGCUCUGCGAGUUAUAAAAUGACCUUGACCGACGGCUGGUACUCGAUUCCCGCUUCCACCGAUAUCGCCAUGAUAAACUGUAUCAAAUCUGGGAAAGUUAAGGAAGGCACGAAACUCAUUACUUUUGGUGCCACAGCGAUGAACCUCGAUCAAGGAUGUUCCGUCCUUGAGAUUCCAGAUUGCGUUACAUUAAAAAUCCACACGAAUUCCACAAGGCGGGCGAGAUGGGAUACAAAGAUGGAUUUUUAUCGUGCCAAUCGGGGGCCAAUGCCACUGAGCUUGAGAUCUGUGAAAUCGAAUGGUGGUGUCGUCUGCAAAUUGGUUGUCGCGGUAUCUCGAUCGUAUCCGGUUUUGUAUCGAGAAAAAUUGGCGGACGGUCAAUUUGUUUUCAGGAACGCGCGUUGCGAUGAAGAAGCUGCUCGCGUUCACGAGGCGCGCUGCCAAUCAAAAAUGGAAGAAAUCUGCGAUAGCGUAAGCAGAGAAUUUCAGUUUAGCAUGGAAAGUACAAACCAAGAAGAGAAAAUAAGACGAAAAAUAGCAGAGAAAUUGAAGGAAAGUCUUCCACCGCCGAGGGACGUAACUCCAGUAUUAAAAGUUCGAAUAGCCGAAGACGAAACGAGCGCGAUGAUGACAAUUUGGUCGAGCGACAGAGAAACCGAUCAGGUGUUUGAGGAAGGAUCGUCGAUCGUGAUCUACAAUUGUUUCGCCUCUGGCCAAAGAUGCAACGAACUGCAGAUUACAGCUGGCAGAAACACAGUUUUCCAUCGCGAAACAUCGCGGAGUAUCAAAUAUCCGGAACGAAUCUACACUUCGUUGAUGGACGUCGGAGAAGCAGGAUUCAAUCCCGUGUAUGGAGAAUUCGAUACCGUUGGAAUUGUCUCGUCCAUCGGACCUGCUCCACACGGUAUGAAGAACUUUGAGACGGUGAAUCUGGCUUGUCCGAGACCAGCGAACGACGAUACAUCCGAUUUUCUCUCCGUAUUAUUUUGGCAAGGUAUCUCGGCUCACGGUUAUUCGAAAAUCCUCACAGUCGGUACACCGAUAGCUUGCAGCAAUCUCGAAUGGCGACGGAACACAUCGAGAAGUAUACCCACGGCUUUCUGCACCGAAAGGUCAAUUUUCACUAAAAAUCCACGCCAAAAACAUCUUACUAAACCUUUCGACAGUUUACGCGAGACGAUAAAGGAUCCAGUAGCGUACGCCACGAACAGUGGGAGACUGAUAGAGGAGGAAAUAGCGAAGAAAACGCCGUUAAGGGUACCGGGAAAUGGGACACCUUGUCGCGUCGGAGGGCCGUGCAACUCGACGACACCUGGUUCCAAAUCGCGCGAUUCGAUUGGUGGCUCAAUCGAGGUUUCUUCAACGCCGAGGAACAAUUCGAGGAAGGCGUCGAUCAUGAGACGCAUUGAGAGACUCGAGGCUUAUGGAGAACCGCCCAAAUUACCUCCGAUCUCCGUCAAUCACAACUCGCCUAAGGUUUUGUCGGAUUUUCGUUCACCCGUCGUCACACCCGUCACUAAAUCAUGAAAGAGAAUGAGGAGGAAAAAGGAAAGGAGAAAGAACGAGGGGGGAAGACCUUUCGAAAGACUCGUUUCAGACUUUCACAUAAGUUAUUUAUUUUCUUAGUCUCUCAACAGUUUAAAAUUCAUCAGUGCCUUAAAUAAUAGUUAGUGAUUUUGUUUUCGUUCUGCGCCUCGCAAAUAUUCGCGUAUUUCAUAGGCGUAUUUGUUUUCUACCGGGGAACAACGCUCCCUCAAUGUCGGAUAAUUUUGUGGAGAAAUAAAAACGAAGAAAUAUUCGAUGAG